UUGAACUGUUGUCUCGCAGGGAUUCACAGCCAUGUAAACGACCUUUAGUAACCUGUCCUUUUCCCCUCGUUCCACUCCCUCCCUUUCUGUCACUUUUAUUCCCUCUCUCUGUAUUCCUUUCAUAAGAAAAGCUUUACUAUACCGACUGAGCCACAAUUCCUAAAUAAAAUUUAAAAAAAAAGGAAAUCGAGAAAAAACAAGACUUGUUUUUCUUCUUUUUGUUUUUUUUGGUCUAUAUCUAGCUUUCUCUGUGUGUCUGUCGUUUUUCUCAGGAGUGGAGUUUGUCCUGACGGUGUCCAGACGGCUGGAGAGGAUAAACAUCAUGAACUGUUAGGAAAACACAGGGCAAGAUGGACAGGCAAUAACUAAGAGCUAUAUCAGAGGGCAGUUUUUUAAACAGUUAUGACAAGCUGACAAUGACCACCCUUUAUGCAGCUGAUACUGGUGUCCGAGGUGUAAAUCUGGGCAGUGUCACUGAGAAGUGCUCCUCAGGAGCAGAAGUGAAACAUGAAUUUCAUGCUUCUCCUACUCCACCAGUUUCAUUCUCUGGUUCUCCUGAAGAACUGAGCAACACGUCGAACAUGGAACCCAGAGACGUUAAACUGGAUCUCUCACCAGGCGCACCCGCUCCAGGGCGGCAGCCUUUGAAGAGGAAAAAGGGUCCUGCUCCUAAAAUGAUGGGGAAUGAAGUGUGCAGCGUUUGUGGAGACAAAGCAUCUGGCUUCCACUACAACGUCUUAAGCUGCGAGGGCUGCAAGGGCUUCUUCAGGCGCAGCGUAAUCAAAGGAGCGCAGUACGUCUGCAAGAACUCGGGCCGCUGCGAGAUGGACACGUACAUGCGUCGCAAGUGCCAGCAAUGCCGGCUGCGCAAGUGUAGAGAGGCCGGAAUGUUGGAGCAGUGUGUGCUCUCGGAGGAGCAGAUCCGGUCGAAGAAGAUGAAGAAGCAGCACGAGGAUGAUGUGGCUCGUGGCUCGACGAUGGCGGCCCCCAGCCCAGCGGCCGACGCUCCCCCUCUGGCUCCAGAACAGCAGGAAAUGAUUGAGAAAUUGGUAGCCAUGCAGAAACAGUGCAACAAACGCUCGUUCAUCGAUAGACGCAAAGUCACCCCGUGGCCGCAGAGUCAGGACCCGAUGAACCGGGAGGUGCGGCAGCAGCGCUUCGCUCACUUCACCGAGCUGGCCAUCAUGUCAGUGCAGGAGAUAGUGGACUUCGCGAAACAGCUACCCGGCUUUCUUGAGCUCACCCGAGAGGACCAGAUUGCCCUGCUCAAGACCUCCACCAUCGAGAUCAUGCUACUAGAGACGUCCCGGCGCUACAACCCAGCAAUAGAGAGCAUCACUUUCCUCACGCCGGAUUUCAGCUACAACAAGGAGGACUUUGCCAAAGCAGGCCUUCAGAUCGAGUUCAUCAACCCAAUUUUUGAGUUUUCUAAGGGCAUGAAUGACCUACAUCUGGACGAGGCCGAGUACGCUCUGCUUAUUGCUAUCAACAUCUUCUCAGCGGACCGACCCAACGUGCAGGAUCAUGAUUUGGUGGAGAAGCUUCAGCAGCCGUAUGUGGAUGCUCUGCAUUCAUACAUCAGGAUAAAGAGGCCCAAUGACCACCUGAUGUUCCCGCGCAUGCUGAUGAAGCUGGUGAGUCUGCGCACCCUCAGUAGCGUCCACUCGGAGCAGGUCUUCGCCCUAAGACUGCAGGACAAGAAACUCCCUCCUCUGCUUUCUGAAAUCUGGGAUGUUCACGAGUGAACCCGACUACGAACGGUCAAACAGAAAGAGUGUCAUGGCCAAAGGGUGGGGGAUUGUGAAGUCUUUCAGGCCUUACUGACCUUCCGGGCCUGAGGAGUCUGAUUUCAUCUUCCUCUUUAGUUGUGUUUGUACUCUGUGCAGGAUGCAGUAAUCUGCUUACUAUAGUGAUUUCUCUACAGACUGUAUAAGCAGUAGAGGCUUGAAGACUGAGCCAGGGUAAAUAACAUUAGCAGCACUGCUUUUUCCAGCAGUGUAGUCGUUUUGGACCUAGAUUCUUGCUAACUAAAUGAAUGACUACAAAUCAUUUUUGGGUUUUUUCAGGGUUUGAGUACCAAGAGCUCUGAGCAGGUCUUGGCAAUGG